AUGGAUGGCGCCGACGCCAUCGAUCCGCUCAGCCAAAGCGCGCCAGCGGCGGCGGCGGCGGUGGGGAUGAAGGUGACGCGGAAGCGGCCGAAGCUGACUGCGACGAUGCUCCUGUCGGAUGAGGGCUUGCCGUACGUGCUGAAGGAGCUGCCGAAGCAGAUCAAGCUGCGAGGGAAGGGACACGAGACUCACCUGGGGAUUGCCGUGACUGCGACGAUGCUGCUGUCGGACGAGGGCCUGCCGUACGUGCUGAAGGAGCUGCCGACGCAGAUCAAACUGCGAGGGAAGGGACACGACUCGGUGGGGGAUCUGCGAAGGAUCCUGGAAGGAUACGUGGGGUGGCACAAGCGCGUCUUCCCGGCUCUCUCCUUCCCGGAGUUUAUCGAGAAGGUGGAGAAACUCGGCAACACGCGCAGCGUCCGGGCGGGCGUGCGCGACCUAGUCGACGACUUCGAGCACGGGAGGGGCAUCGGUAGCGAUCGCUUUAAAGAAACGGCGGAUGCAGACGCAGGUGAUGGGGAAGGCGGUGGUGGGGAUGGCGACGCUGCGGGUGGCAGGGAGAAUGAUAGUGGGCAUGAUGGUGUCAAGGCGACUCAAGGGCCCGCCUGGCAGGGGGAGCAGAGCAACAAUAGCCCACGCGCAAGCAGCAAGAGUGGUCGAAUAAGUCCCAACCGUCACAGCGACCUUGACGGAAGUCUUGAUGAAGAUUCUGACGCGGAUGCUGGUUCAAGGGGCGAGGAGGACGGUAAGAUUGGCGUGGACGAGGCCGACGUGGAAGAGGCUGAUGUGGAAGCUGUUGACGUGGAAGGUGCUGACAUGGAGUUUACCCCAGAGAAGUCACCGCCAGCUGUCAUCCCAUCUGCCAACCCAGCCGCCACUCCAGCCGCCAACCCGUCUGCCACUCCAACCGCCGCUCAGCCACAGAGCAUUGCUGCAGCAGGCUCUGAUUCCCCCACUGCGCAUAGUGAGGAUGCUCUUAUGGAGGAUGACAUGGGCGCGGGCAGCCCAGCAGAGGCCCCGAGGGACACCCCUGGCAGUGUGGGUGCAGGCGUGAAGCGCAAGGCGAAGAGGCUUUUGAGUCGACUCAAAAGUCAUCCUGUGGCUGUCCCUGGUAAUUUGGGCACGGGCGCCACAGCAGAAGCCAUGGUGGCUGCUCCUGGUGGUGUGGGUGCAGGCGUGAAUCACAAGGCGAAGAGGCGACGGGUGAUUCUAGAGGACGAGGAUGAGGAGGAGGAUGGGGACGCUGGUGCUGGUGGUAGUGGUGCUGGUGGUGCUGGUGCUGGUGCUGCUGGUGCUGGUGCUGGUGCUGAUGCUGGUGCUUCUGGUGCUGAUGGCAAAGGAUCCAGCAGCAAACACAAAGAAGAGGGUGAGGGGCUGAAGGCGUGCAUAAUGGAGGAGGCAGAAGCGCAAGCGGACGGAAGGGAAGCAGGGAGCGACGAGAUAAGGCUUCCUGGUGGCGAAAAGGAGAAGGAAGAGGAGGGUACAGAAAAGGAGAAGGAAGAGGAGGGUACAGAUGAGGAGAAGGGAGAGGAGGGUACAGAAAAGGAGAAGGAAGAGGAGGGUACAAAGGAGAAGGGAGAGCAGGGUACAGAAAAGGAGAAGCAAGAGGAGGGUACAGAUGAGAAGGAGAAGGGAGUGGAGGGUACAGAAGAGAAGGAAGAGGAGGGUACAGAAGAGAAGGAAGAGGAGGGUACAGAAGAGAAGGAAGAGGAGGGUACAGAAGAGAAGGAAGAGGAGGGUAUAGAAGAGAAGGUAGAGCAGGGUACAUUAGAGGAGAAGGAAGAGGAGGUUACAGAAGAGAAGGAAGAGAAGGAGGGUACAAAAGAGAAGGAAGAGGAGGGUGCAGAAGAGACAGAAGAGGAGGGUACAGAAGAGAAGAUAGAGGAGGGUAUAUUAGAGGAGAAGGAAGAGGAGGUUACAGAAGAGAAGAUAGAGGAGGGUAUAUUAGAGGAGAAGGAAGAGGAGGUUACAGAAGAUAAGGAAGAGGGUACAGAAGAGAAGGAAGAGGAGGGUACAGAAGGGGAGAAGGUACUGGUAAUGGAUUUGGAGGGAUCUGAUGCUGCUGCUGCUGCUGCUGCUGCUGCUGCCAUGUCACCUGCAUUUGGUCCUCUUGCUGAUGUGGCACAUGGACCUGCAGCUGAAGCAUCUGAACCUGCUGCUGUGGCACCUGAACCUGUUGCUGUGGCACCUGAACCUGCUGUUGUGCGUGCCGCAAAGGCAGAUGGUGGUGCUGACACCACGGAAUGUGCAUCUGACCCCUCAUGCGCCGCUGGCCCCUCAUGUGCCACUGGUGCUGAAGAGCCUCGUGCUGAUGAUAAUUCUGGUGACAUUCUUGUAUUAACUGCUGUUGCUGCAGCUGCUGCUGCAACGGCUGGUGCUGCGAAAUCUGGUGAUGCCGGUGGUGUUGGCACAGGUGGCGGAUCUGCAAUUCUUCCUGGUAGUGCAGCGAGGUAUGUGAGUGAGGAGGAGCUUGCUGAUUUCAUCCAGUUUUUGGAUGACGUGUGA